AUGGAAGUGAUCGUAGCAAAUUGGAAAUCAACCAUCUUCAAUCAGUUAAAAGAACAAAAUCAACGAAGAAACGUCUACGAUCAAAUCAUUGAACAUUAUAAUCGUAUCCUAGAAAAUAACGCUAUCCUACAGAUUCAAUGUAACAAACUCCAAACAGAUGUUCAUCAUUUACGUUUGGCUAAUGCCGGUCUGGAAAAAGCAUCUGAAGCAAGUCAAGAGUUGGCUCAUGCAAACGAUAAAUUGACUGUUGCAAAAGAAGAAGUUGUUCGAUAUUUACGAGACAAUGGUGAACUUGCUCGAGAAGUUGUUCGCUUGAAUCAUACUAUCGCUGAUAUAAGCGAUAAACUCAUUGCCGAAGAAACUAAAGCACGACAAUGUCAAUCUGCGAAUGAUCAAUUACAAGAAAAUAUCAGAAAAGCUGAGUCUGAAGUGGAAAAUCUAACCCAGAUCAAUCAAAUUCUUCAAGAAGAGUUUCAAGCAAGUCAGAGUAAGAUUAACAAACUGCAAAUUGAAUACAAUCAAAUGCGACCUGCGCAUCUCGAACUUGAACAACAAUUGGAAACAGCGAAACGUAAUAAUAAACAAAUAGAAGAUGAAUUAAUUUUUUAUAAAAAUGAACGUGCAGCAAUGAAUGAUUUCGAAGUUGAACAAUCCAAUCACAAAAUUCGCAAAGAAGUCGAAGCACAGCAGCGGUAUGUUGAACCAAGCAUAUUUUUCGAAGAUGAUAUGGUUAUCAUCCCACCAUGGAAACAAUCAUCUGACUUCGGCGGGUAG